AUGUCUUCGAACUCGUUGACCAUUGCGACUGCCAUCCCCCGCAUCACAUCCCAGUUCAAUACCACCGGCGACAUCGGUUGGUAUGGGAGUGCAUACUUUUUCGACAUGUGUGCUCUGCAGCCUAUCGCGGGCAAACUGUUUGCAAGAUUUCCCAUCUACUACAUCCCCGAGUGGUUCCAAGUCAUCAAGGGUGCCUCGCCAACCAAGUCAGGCUUGAUGUACCUUCCCUUAGCCCUAUCGGACGCCCUCUCCGCCACCCUUACGGGCGCCUCCCUCAAAUUCCUGGGCUAUCCGAACCCCCACCUUCUUCUCGAGACGGCCCUGAUAAGCAUCGCCACAGGACUUUGCUCGAGCUUCACGCCCAGCACACCCCACGAGCGCUGGAUUCCCUCGCAAGUCCUUCAAGGUCUCGGCGCAGGGAUGACCCUGUCUAUGUCCUACGUGGCAACACAGACCGUCCUCCAGCCUGUAUACAUCCCCUUUUUCGGCGCGGCCGUCAACCUCGUUAUUGCCGAGGCCAUCUUCGACAACAAGUUGGUCGCCGCACUGGACGCGUCAGAGUCGAAGGACUUCGAGAUCCAGAAAAUCCUGGAUGCGAGCGCUGCAGAGGUGCGCAGCGUGGUCCCGGACGCGGACCUCGAUGGCGUUUUGCACGCUUGA